UUUUGCCAUCGAAGCGGUUGUGUCGCGGUAUUUUUGAAAACUUCCUUUGAAACUUGUCCAGCUGAGAAAUAAUUUAAUAAUCACUAAAACAUGACUAGCGAGAAGUAUUUAACCUUGAACAAUGGGCUGAAAAUGCCUUUAAUUGGCGUGGGCACUUGGCAGGCAUCCGAUGAGGAAAUCGAGACGGCCAUUGAUGCUGCCCUGGAGGUGGGGUAUCGCCACAUCGACACCGCGCCAGUUUAUGGCAACGAGCCGGCAAUUGGGCGUGUGCUCAAGCGCUGGCUGGAUGCUGGCAAGGUGAAGCGUGAGGAGCUGUUCAUUGUGACCAAGCUGCCACCCAUUUUGAAUCGCCCGCACGAAGUGCUGCCAACCAUUAAAAAAUCGCUGGCCGAUUUGCAGCUGGACUAUGUGGAUAUGUACCUGAUUCAUACACCCUUCACGCUGAACAUCAACGAGGAUGGCAGCUUCAAGAUCGAUGCAGAGGGUCUCAUGGAGGUGGAUCCCACCACAGAUCAUGCUGCCAUCUGGCUGGAAAUGGAGAAGCUGGUGGCACAGGGCUUGGCCAAAUCUAUUGGCGUCUCCAACUUCAGCAAGGAUCAGGUGGCGCGUCUGCUGAAGAACUGCAAGAUUCGUCCAGUCAACAAUCAGAUCGAACAUCAUGUGUACCUGCAACAGCGUGAACUGGUGGACUUCUGCAAGGCCGAGAAUGUGGCCGUCACAGCAUACUCCCCACUGGGCUCCAAGGGCAUUGCCGCGUUCAAUGCGGGCGCUGGCAUUGUGCGCGAUUUGCCCGACCUCAUGGACAUACCGGAGGUCAAGGAGAUUGCCGCUGCUCACGGCAAGUCCCCUGCUCAGGUGCUGCUGCGCUGGAUCCUCGACAAUGGACUGUGCGCCAUUCCCAAGAGCACAAAUGCGGCACGCUUGAAGCAAAAUUUGGAUGUGUUUGACUUUAAGCUAAGUGAGGAGGAGGUGGGCAAGCUGCUGGCUCUUGAUAAGAAUAUUCGCGUGUGUGAUUUUGCCUUCUUCCAUGGCGUGGAGCGGCAUCCGGAAUUCACAUUCAAGAAUCAGUACACCAAUUAGGCAAAGAAAGUCCAACGAAUGUUCGACACAUGCACCAUGCACCAUAUAUAUACAUAUAUAUUCAAAUAUAUAUGCAUAUGAAAAUAUAAUUAACUAUAUGUAUGUGUGUCCAGCCGCGCACAUUACCGAUCAACCGAUUAACGAUCAGCGAGCGAUCCAGGCAGUUAGAUCCCCUACAGCAAAAUGCUACGUGCUCUCUGUCAUGGUGAAAUUAUUUACAAGGUGACUGUGCGAGGAUCACUAACUAAUUCAAGCGCUAGAAAGGGAUACAGUGUGGUGCAGACAUCACCUUGUAAGCAAUUUCAACCAUGCUCUCUGUUGUGUGCGUUUUGUUUUUGAAAAAAGUUCGGAAAAAGCAUUAACGAAGAAACCAAAAUAAACAUGUAUUUAGUAGUAAAACACAGACACUUGCAACACACACAGACACAGACACCCAAGCUCGCGUGCAGAAUGAGGUUGAGGAUUUUGUGAGUGGUUAGUUUUAGCGCAGAAUCCCCUAACAGAUCCUGUCAAGUUGGCUGCUGGCUAGCGGCUGGAAUGUUGUAAAGAAACGUAACAAUUUUGUGCAAUAUUUGGUUUAUUAUUUGUGGUAUUUUAAAGACAAUUGCGAUAUGUAAGUUGCCUAUACCUUAGUUAUGUUUAAGAGUUAAUUUUCAACUAACUGACAGAUGGGCUUACUGCCCAUCGAGGUUUUAUAAAAUUGUAUAUUAAAGCGUUGACUGUCAACAACUAUUGUGCGCAAGGUUCAGGCCCGCCCAGAGGCUUAUCUCAUUGAGCUUGUACUUACGAGCCACACACAGAUCUUGUAGACAGCGCUGUAAUGUUUUCAAGCAGGAUGAUUGUAAAUUUAAAAGCAGCAAAAUUAAAUAUAUAUUCCGAUUUAGACUAUUUCCCCCCCGCACAGUGCGCAAUUGUUUUGUAAAUACCAGCAAGUGUGCUGCCCGGCUAGCUUGACAAUUUCUGUUCACACCUUCAGUUAAUAUUACACACAUUUGGAGAGGAUUAUCGAUCGAUCCAAUACAUUCUGAUCCAAUGAACCUUGUAUAUAAUUUAGUCAGCCUCUAAAUCGAAUUAGACGACAAUUGUUCUACUUGCACCACUCGCGACCGUAACAGUUAGCAGCAGUUAAGGACCAAGCUAUUGAUGAGGAUGGUUUCGUGCAGAUUGAGAGAUUGGAAGGCAGGAAAGGAGCGUUUGUCUGACUGUGUAAUUAAUCAAUUGUUGCGUUACCUUUGAACCAUUAUCGAACCAUACACACACACACACACACACACAUAAACACACACACAUCAUUUACAGCAAAGCAAGAAAAAAAGUAACUAAUUAUAAUGAUUACAAAUAGAAAGUAAAUUAUAAAAGUGGGGGGAAACAAACAAACAAAAACAAAUAACAAUAAAAUACAAAAUAAAAUAGUCUUCUUACGUUUUCCAUGUAAGUUCUUUUCAUAUUAAAUAUACAAAAAGUAAAACAUAAUUUGUAUUAAAACGAAGGCAGUGGGGAGGCGGCGCAUAACCCCAGAACCCCAGCUCCACUCACCAUAUCCCACACAGACACUUGACUGACGUUUCGCCCUUGAGAUCGCCAGCGGAAGUGUAAUAAAGUUAUUUGUUAAUAAUCGUAUCUGCCAUGUGCGUGUGCGUACUGUACUACUUUUUAUUUAUUUUAGUGUUAAAUCGAACUAAGAAAAGAAACCCAAAAAAUCCAACUCUCACAGCAUAAACGGUUUCCCCUGGAGCAACCAAGCGAUCGUAACACCACACCACACCACACCACAGACACUAAUUGCAUGCCUAUCAAAUGUAGCUGUACAGAUGAAGAGAUA